UGUGUGUCGUGUCUCAUCAUGUGGCUGCUGUUGUUCUUGGCAUGGUUUGUCAUUUGGGUCUGUGGGUCCUACUGGUACCUUUUUGGGAAGCCCAGCCCAUUCUCUUUGGACUCUGUGAGACCACCAGGGCCACGUGUGACUGACCAGAAGUUGCGGGACAAGGUGCUCAAACAAGGAUUCAGCGCUGAUAAAGUGCCAAAGGACCUUGAUGCCAUUGUCAUUGGAAGUGGAAUUGGUGGAAUGUCGGCUGCGGCGACCUUGGCAAAAUUGGGCAAGAAGGUUCUAGUGCUGGAGCAACACGACCAGGCUGGUGGCUGCUGCCACACAUACUUGGAGAAGGGGUUUGAGUUUGAUGUUGGACUUCACUACAUUGGCCAGCUGCAUGAGAACAGUCUCUUUCGUAUCGCUAUGGACCAGCUCACAGAGGGACAGCUGGAGUAUGUGGAACUGGAAGAACACUUUGACACGAUUGUCAUCGGGCAUGGUGACGACCGGCGAGACUAUAACAUCUACAGUGGCAAAACCAACAUGGCAGAGCGCCUGAAGAAGCAGUUCCCGAACGACACUGAAGCCAUUGACGCUUUCUUUAAAAUCAUGAAGAUCUCAGCCAAGAAGACCCACUACCUGGCAACACUGAAACUGAUCCCUCUCUGGCUCGCUCUGUUCUUGCUUAAGUCCCGCAUUGCACAUUUCUUCUCCUCCGUCUUCAAGCUGUCCCACACUAGUGCUGCGGAAGUGAACAACAGUCUAACGAGCAAUAAGGACCUUCACAUCAUCUUCUCCUACUUCUUCUAUGGUGUGCCCCCCAGAGAUUCCAGCACGGUCAUCAAUGCAUUGCUUCUGCACCACUACAAACGAGGGGCAUAUUAUCCAAGGGGCGGGGCCAGCGAGAUCCCGUUUCACAUGACCAACGUCAUCCAGAAACCAGGGGGCAGAGUGCUAGUCAGGGCCUCCGUCAACCGGAUUCUGGUGAACGAGGACGGCGCGGCAUACGGUGUAACAGUGAGAAAGGGCCAGGAGGAGGUAGAGGUGCUGGCCCCAGUGGUCAUCUCCAACGCUGGUGUGUUUACUACCUUUCAGAAGCUCUUGCCACCUGAUGUCCAUGCCAAGCCAGACAUUCAAGAACGCCUUAAUAUGAUGAAGCACGGCAGAGGGUCCUUCUUGGUCUUUGUGGGCUUUGAUGCAACGCAGGAGGAGCUGGGAAUUGUACCAACAAACUACUGGCUCUUCAAAAACAAUGACAUGGACAGCAUGAUGGAUGACUUUUUCAGUCUGAGCAAAGAAGAGGUGGCAGACAAUAUUCCCAUGAUGUUCAUUACAUUCCCCUCGGCCAAAGAUCCCAUGGCAAAAAUCCGCCAUCCCGGGAAAUCGUGCAUGACCCUCCUGACUAUGGUGAAGUACGAAUGGUUCGAAGAGUGGAAGGACUCCACCGUGAGAAAAAGAGGGGACGACUAUUACAAUUACAAGAUGAGCAUUGCUAAUAAGCUGUUUGAUUGGGCCUGCAUCCACUUCCCCAAGCUUAAGGAUAAGGUAGCAUUCAUGGAUGCAGCCACACCGCUGACAAACAUACACUACUUGGGCGCCCAACGUGGAGCUAUGUAUUCUGCUGAGCACAACCUGUCCAGGUUCGAUCCAGAGGCAGUGGCCAGAAAUAGGUGCUCCACACCUGUCAAGAACCUCUUCAUCUCAGGCCAGGACGUGUUCAGCUGUGGAAUUGCUGGGGCACUGCAUGGGGGUCUACUGUGUGCUUGCACAGUACUUGACCGCAUUAUUUACAUCGACCUUCUUCUCCUCAAGAAGAAGCUAAAGAGCAAGAAAACUCGAGAGUUGGCCAGGGCAGCCAAGAAGCUUGAGUAA